AUGAAGAUCUCCUCCGGAUUCGUCUUCCGUGAGAACCGCGUCCCCUACUACCAGCGUCUCUUCCAGCAGCACGACGGCAAGCGCCAAUGGUGGAAGACCUCCCGUAGCGGUUACGUUAUGUACCCCUACCUCCUCUCUGUCUACGGCCUGGGCCUCGCCACUACCUACGGCAUGUGCCGUAUGGUCUUCGGCCACAAGACCUGGUUCGGCAAGGCAUAA